CUUGAAGUGAAUGUGUUCCGAUUGUACUCAUGUUUUACUUCAGCGAGUCUUAGAAAUCAUGUCUGAAUUCAAAUAUUCGUAAUUCAAUAACAUGUGCAUAUGGAAAAUGUUGAGUCAAUUAAAGUGAAUAAAUUUGCUUAACGAAAAUGUGUCGGUAAAAGCAUAUGAUACAGUCCAUUUUUUUUAACAUUUUAUUUUGUUCAGAGCUGUUGUCUUCAUUUAGAGUACCAAAAGAAAGCAUUUGAUACAAGGGUUUUUAAAUUCAAUUUAUGGCUACUUCAUCAACAAGAACAAGAUCAAUAUGAUUAAAAAAAUCUAAUUAAAAAUUGUGGAAAAACUGUGUGAAAUUUUGAAAAUCUGCUGCCGAUCUUCCUAUUGCAAUCACACUGCAGUAUCACUUUUGGACAGUAUCUGUUAACAAAAACAAACUUGAUUUGUAGUUUAGAGGUUACAGGAAAUUAAUUUUUGUUUUAAUUUGUGUCGUAUAUAAGUAUUGGUUGUGUUUUUAUUUUGUGAAGGAAGAAUUGUUAAUGCUUUGCCAGAAAAUAACAUCUAUAGAUUUUAAUUAUUUAACUUUGUAAUAUCAGAGUCAAAAAUAGUAUUGGCAAAAAAUAUUGCAUUUUAAUUUAUCAUUGAAUGUAUUGCCAAGUGUAUUAAACAUAUUUAUAUAUCUUUAUCAGACUUUACUAAUAAUGUAUCCUAAGUAUGAAGCUGAUUUUAACAUAUCAACACCUGUUGACCGUACUCCAAAAUACUUAGUAGAAAAAUAUAUAUACUGAGCAAAAAGAAACAUCUUUAAGUUAGUCAUGAAGAAAUUGAUUUUCUAUCAAUUUUUUUUACCGUAGUGAUUUCAUUUGAUAAACAAUUUGACUAUAAAACUUCACAUCAUUUUUUGCUGUUGUUUCAUAAGAUUUUAAUUUUGCUUACUAUAUCUUAUCAGUGUUUCAUCCUGCAUAUUUAUGAGUUAAAAAACAAUUGAGAAAAUAUGACUAAUGCUUAUAUGAGAAAUAAACUUUAUGCUCUUCAUUUCUGUUAAUAUUUACUAGUCAGUAUGCUUGUUCAAGCACCAAAGUGGACAGACUUUUUGUCCUGUUUAAUUUGCCAAAAUGGGUUUGAAAGCUCUGUUCGUCGACCUGUCAGUUUGGGAUGUGGUCAUACUAUUUGCAAAAGUUGUUUAUUAAAUCUUCAGAGGAGGCAGUGUCCUUAUGAUCAAACAGCCAUCAAUACUGAUAUAAAUAAUCUUCCAGAAAAUCAUGCCCUUCUUCAGCUUGUUGGUGAAAAAGCGCCUACAAAAUUACCAGCAGUUGUACCUUUAGUUUCUGAAGGAAAUAUCAAGUAUUACCUUGAAGCAAAGAAAUCUAUUGAAGAAAUAGCCCUAUACUUGAAACCACCUUCAUCUUUAGUCAGCAGUAUUUUACCAAAGAAUCCACUCAGCAAACCUUUACAAAGAAAGUUAGUUACUUUAAUUAACUGCCAACUCAUUGAAGAAGAGGGCCGGAAAAGAGCCAUUAGGACGGUUCGUUCUGUUGGUGAACGAACUGUUACUGAAUUAAUACUGCAGCAUCAGAAUGCACAAGCCCUUUCAACAAAUUUAUGGGCUGUUGUUAGAGCAAGAGGUUGCCAAUUUCUAGGGCCAGCAAUGCAGGAAGAAGUGUUGAAAUUACUAUUGCUAGCUUUGGAGGAUGGUUCAGCACUUUCCAGGAAAGUUUUAGUUCUGUUUGUGGUUCAGCGUCUUUCUCCUCAUUUUCCACAAGCAUCCAAAACUAGCAUCGGGCAUGUUGUGCAAUUAUUGUAUAGGGCUUCUUGCUUUAAGGUAUCUAAACGUGAUAAAGACUCUUCAUUAAUGCAAUUAAAAGAAGAGUUUUGCACAUAUGAAGCUCUAAGGAGAGAACAUGAUGCUCAAAUAGUGCAAAUAGCAAUCGAGGCGGGAUUGCGUAUUACACCAGAACAAUGGUCUGCACUUCUCUAUGGAGAUACAGCUCACAAAUCUCAUAUGCAAUCCAUAAUAGAUAAACUUCAGACGCCGCAAGCAUUUUCUCAGAGUCUUCAGGAAUUGCUUUUGGCACUGCAACGUAAUGGUGAUCCUGGGCAUUUAUUAGAAUUGAAACCGCAUUUAGAGUUACUAGCUGGUAUUGAAUCAAGUCCAAAUGUAUGCCCACCAUCUUGGGAAGACUUGAACAAAGCAUUGGGAGCAACAGUAAUUGUUGUUAGAGGAUUGUACGAGUAUAUUCAAAAUUUUGGAAAUCGUAAAUUGAAUGAGAUUCGACUGAAUUCAAAUGUAAAGUAUAAGACAAGUAUGUGUCGUGAUUUACUUCAUCGAAGAAAUUGCCCAAGAGGUUUAAACUGUACUUUUGCACAUUCUGAGAGAGAAUUGGAACAGUUUAAAGGUAGAAACAUUGCUGCUGUUGAUGAACUGACUUCUGCAUCAAGUUCAAGAAAUUUUACUUUUGAUGAUUUCAGUGGUGGACAGAGUGAUACUGAUAUUAGUGUUUCAAAAUCAGUAGUUGCCAGCAAUUCUUCUUCUUUUUUUAGUCAUUCAAGUUUUAGCUCUAUGCCAACAUUAUCUGAUUGUACAACUAGCAAUGUUUAUAAUGGAAUUUAUUUACCUGAAGUUGCUGUUGAUAAUUCUUCCAGUUCUUAUUUGUGUAAUGGUUAUGAUGCUAAUAGAUCCUUGUUACCUAAUUAUUCAUCUGCAUCAAAUGAGCAAGAUUUAUACCAAAUGUCUUGUUCACAAUUAUCAGAUGAUCAUUCUUCAACUAACAAAUCAUCACAAGUUUCUGUUAUCACAACCAUCUUGUCAAACAUUCUUGACUACAAAUCUUGGUGUCAUGCAGAUCCACCUAGUUAGUUUGUUACUGUUAAUUUUUAUUAGAUCUGAAAAAUGAAAGCUUGAUUAAUAAGUAUUCUUCUCAAAUUAGAAUUUUAAAAUAUAUAUGUUAUUAAUUGCUGACUUUUGUUUCUUUCAGAUGCAACUUUUGUACUAAUGAAUAAAAUAUAAAUCUAUUAUCAUACAAAUAUAUACAGUUUUUUUACUAAAAUAGAAAGCAAGUUUUAUAAAAUGGUAAUUAUCUAACGAAGCUAUAUUAUUAAUUGAAAUUUAAUUUAUAGAUUUCUAGGAUGUAUUUUAGACUUUUAAAUGUUAAUCAAACAUUUUAUAGUUAUUAAAAACUCUCUAUUUUAAAAUGUAACUUACAAAACAACUACAGAAAAAUUCUAACAAUUCAAAAUAUUUGUAAUUGCAACAAACUGAAAUUUUUAAUUUGUGUAACAGCUAUAUGCAAGGUACGAUCUAAAUAGAUUUCAAGACUUAUUCCAAUAAAUCCUUCCAUCUACAAACGUCAUUUUGUGAAAUGAAAAAGAUAAAAUUGUAUCGAAAGUGUUUGGGUAAUAUGUAUACAUCAGUUAGAUUAUUAACCUGUGAAUACAUAAAAAAAAAUUGCAUUUUAUAAAGGAAAUUUAAUUAAUCAGGUAAUUGAUUAUUACUGUAGUCACAGGAAAAGAUAGAUAUAUUUCAAAUAUCUUUCCUGUCGAACUUGAAAAAGAGAAUAAAAUGUGAUAAGGGAAUUUGAUGAGUCUAUAUAGAUAUGUUAUUUAAGUAGACUAAUUAUAGCCAAAAGUUAUAUGUAACUUAAACUGAACUUUUAUAAAAAUUUAUAACUUCUUUUACAUGACCUCUUGAUAUUAUAUGCUAUCAAAUGUAUAAAGCAUUAUUAUAUAUGUGUCUGAUUUAAAUGUCUUUUUUGAAUGGAUAACAAUGUUUUCCUAUGCUAUGAUGACCUGCCCUCUUGACUUUCAUAAAAUGAAUUAUUUUUUAAAUCAAUUUGAAAUAAAUGCAUUUUAAUUAACUUCUUACACUAUAAAUUAAUUAGCAGAAAUGUGUAAUGUGCGUAGCAUGCCAUGGUGCAAGAGGUUAGGACUCCUUUAUGUUUAUUGCAUUUAUAAUAUUUUUUAAAAAUUAUUUUGAUAUUUACUAAAGGUAGCUGCAUAAUUUUUUUUCUUCAUUUAAUUAUUGAAAUUUUUUGUGAAUAUAUUCAUGUUCUUGUAUACAAAAUGCAUGUAAUUUAAUGCUUGGCUUUUCAUUAGUUUUGCUUUUGUGAUGCUGGUAUAUUUUUAUUGUACUAUAUGUUAAAAAAACCUGUUGUUAUAAAUGUUCUAGAAUUAAUAUUUGUUAAGACAAAUAUUCAUGUUUUUUAAAUAUGCUAUUGCAUAUACUGCUUUAUUCAGAUAUUUUGAUUGGCUAUUCUGGUCGAGCUCAAAUUUGUCAUGGUUUUUAUUUUUGUUUAAUAUUUUACAGUUCUAAUGAAAUAUUUUGUAUCAAUUGAAACUUGUAGUAAUUAUCAAUGUUAUGUAAUUUAGAAAGAAAAAAAAAGAUUUAAAUUGUAAAAAAAGUAUUUUUUUACAAUAUUGAAUAUGUAUAUUGCAAUGCAAUGUCUUAGUUUAUG